CCAAAACACACGCUCUGUUUCUCUCUCUUUCUUUGUUUCUCUCUCUCAUCUCAAAAAUGGAACCCAAUGAAAACCAGCUCAGCUCCUACUUCCACCACCAUCAGCACCACCAUCAAAGUCCCACCACCACCACCACAUCGCCGACCAAUGGACUUUUACCCCCCACCCACCACCUCUCCUCCACCGCCGCCGCCGCAGACGGCGGCUCUCACGGCGUCUACCCUCACUCCGUGCCCUCCGCCGCGGUCUCCUCCUCGCCCCUCGAGCCCGCUCGCCGGAAGAGGGGCCGCCCCAGGAAGUACGGCACUCCCGAGGAAGCUUUAGCUGCGAAGAAAGCUGCUACGGCGUCGUCUCACUCUUCCUCCUCCAAGGCCAAGAGGGACCACCACGCCUCUUCCCUUAAUGCUCUCUCCGCUUCUUCUUCUUCCUUCUCUGCCCCUUCCAAGAAAUCCCAGUUGGCAGCACUUGAUGUAGGUAAUGCAGGCCAAAGUUUUGCACCACAUGUUAUUAAUGUGGCAGCUGGUGAGGAUGUUGGCCAGAAAAUUAUGCUGUUUAUGCAGCAAUGCAAGCGGGAAAUCUGUAUCCUUUCUGCUUCUGGUUCGAUCUCCAAUGCAUCUCUCCGUCAGCCAGCCACAUCCGGAGGCAAUAUUACGUAUGAGGGUCGUUUUGAGAUUGUUUCAUUAUGCGGAUCUUAUGUACGUACUGACAUCGGAGGAAAGACUGGUGGUCUUAGUGUAUGUUUGUCUAGUUCUGAUGGUCAUAUCAUAGGAGGGGGAGUCGGUGGACCAUUGAAGGCUGCUGGACCCGUGCAGGUUAUUGUUGGUACUUUUGUGAUCGACCCAAAGAAGGACGUUGGUGGUGGUGCAAAAGGUGACGCAUCUGCUGGCAAGUUGCCCUCACCUGUUGGUGGGACGUCGAUGUCGGGUCUACGCUAUGGCUCGACCAUCGACUCAGGAGGUAAUCAAGUCAGGGGAAAUGAUGAACACCAAGGCAUUGGGGAGGGUCAUUUCUUGCUUCAGCCCCGGGGCGUGAAUCUGACAUCUCAGCGGCCCACAGACUGGAGGAUGGGUCUGGAUGCCACAAACAGUGCUUACGAUUUGACAGGAAGAACAAGCCAUCAUUCUCCCGAAAACGGAGAUUACGAUCAGAUUCCCGAUUAAGAGUUAACAAAAGGGACGGGAUGGGACAGGACGGGACAGGACGGGACUGCAAAGUUUGUCGUAGAUAAAAUGUACAAUAUCAACAGUUGCCAUGCCAGCAAUCUUCUCUUUCACUCUGUCUUAGAGCUAAUUCUGGUUGUAGUAUGCACCAUACUGUAAAGGUGAUAACAAACUCUUUAGAAGUUCUUUUCUUUCUUUUUUUCUUUAUUUUUUCUUUUUUAAAUCUUUUUUAUGCUCUCUUUGCAUUUUAUUUUCCCCUUUCCAAGUUUUCAUCCUUCCACCUUUCAUGGUGUAUUUGCAUGUUGUUGCUGUCUAAUUCUAAUUCUCUCCUGUUUUUUGCUUUAGAUGGAACAAAGGUUGUUGUAGUUACAGUUUGCAAUUUCCAAUUUGAUCAUAUAAACAAACACCUCUUUGGUGAUUUAGAUUUCUAUGCACUAAUCUUCUUGUGAUGAACAA